CUUUCACUCAGACAAAGCAGAAGCACGAGGCCUUAAAAGAGUGACUUCUCCACCUGUCUUCACUUUCUGGUUCCAUCAGCAGAAAACACGUCUGACAGCAUGGAUCACAAGGAGUCUGUGAUGAAGGGAGGCGUGCUCAUCGUUCAUCAGGUCAGUGAAGGGAAGCAUGAGUACCAGGUGGAAAACGUGAUGAAGAGCAGAAAAGGAGAGAAGAUGUUUGUCAGGAGAGGAGACAAACUGAUGCAGAUAAACGGCACAGACCUGCAGGAUCUGACUCCAGAGGAGCUGGCUGACAUGUUGGCCGAGGGGAACCCACAGCUGACGGUGCACAAAGCUGAAGUGAUGAAGGAGCACACGUGGCGCCCCCCCCAAGCUGAGGACACCAUCCAUCCGGUCUCUAAGGAGACCACAGUGCUGAGUUUCUGCAUGGAGAUGAAGAGAGAGGAGGACUUGACGGAGAAUGAAGAGGGACAGGAGGGGGUAGACCAGGGGUGUGGGGGUUCAGAGGAAGAGGUUAAUAAUGGAGAGAAGUGGGAGGGAGGGGACAUGCUGGUCGUUUCCAUGGCGAAGACCACGAUAUCUGUGGUGAAGGGGCGGGGCUGUGACAUGAGCAGUCCCUGUGGGGGGUGUGGCGGGACGGGAUGCACCUUCGACGACGUGGUGCUGGUGUCAGAAUCCAGUAAGGUGGUGCUCGUUGCCAGAGGAGGAGGAGGAGGAGGAGGAGGAGGGUUCAAGCAGGAGAAGCAGGCCAACUAUGCAAUCAGACAUGCAGCCUCUCACCAAUACCUCCGAGGUCUCUGCUCGCAGAACAGCGUCUACACUUCACCCAAUCCAGAAAAGAUCACUAUCUACUCCUACAAGUCCACCUACUUCAACUGGUUCUCUAAAGGGAAGCCAGUGGUCCUGAACUUCACCGGGUCCAACUGCUUCCUGCGGUGCUGUAAGGAAGGGGAGCGUGUGCUGCUGCGAGCGGAGAUGUGUGAGAAGCAGAGGCUGAAGCACAUCUCAAAGAGUGACGAGAGCACCCUCUCCUUCGUCUUCUUCAUGAAGCCCGACAGCCCUCAUCAGAAGUUUGAGUCGGCGCUACACCGAGGCUGGUUCAUCCAAAUCGUCAACUCCCAGUCGGUGGCCAUGGCACAGCGGGAUGGAGGAAGUGAAGAUCACCUGUUCCUCUUUAUCAUUCAGAAGUGAGGCAGUCACCUUCUCUGGAGGUUCUCAUUUCAUUCAGUUAGAAAAGAGAAAUUUGUGUUUGUUGUUUUGAACCUGGUGUUUAUACACGCUCAACAAAGUCAAAUUCUGCCAUUGCAGAAGAACGUAGAUAUGUAUCAGUAUCAUAUAACAGACCGAAAAUGCUCCUGUGUUUGUGUUUACCUGGAUUUUAAUUAUUGGACUUUUAUGGUGCCGUCUUUGGUUAUUGAAGGUGACUUAAUGGCUUUUUUAAACAUUGUUUUAUACACAUUAAACCUUGUUUUAUGAUGUGAUAUGAAUCAACUGUAUUAAUACAAAUUUAAACACUUACAAUAGCUAUAGUCUUUUCUGUACAUUUUUCACCAAGCCUGGUUUGACAGUAUUAAAAUGUACAACAGGUUGAAAUAGUGUCACAAAACAAAGUGUUUGAACUUCCUGCUGAGUGCCCAAAUCUCAACAACAGGACAUUAAGCUUAUUUGUAUCACAUGUGAAGGUGACGUCCUGGGUUAGGAUUAAUGAACGUGUGACCUGCGCUCUGAAUAAAUCUUUAAACUGUCAUCAGA